AUGGCUGAGCAAAUCAUUCUCGACAUUCCCUUCCCGAUAGCAUACGCGAAGGAAGCAUUGGGCCUCACAAAAGACUUAAUCAGAGACUCUAGAGUGGCUCUAUACACCUUCGGGCUGCACGGAGCGGAUGACAGCCUGGUUUCUGGCAUAUAUGGGAACUACGACACCGGAAGAAACCACAAGAAGAUCUGGUGGGCCCUACGUGUCGACUACGACAACGUCAAAGGCUAUCACAUCAAUGCUAAUAAAAGAGUGUAUCAGAGGGAUAGGGAGGUUGAGAGGAUUUCGUUGUGUGUAAAACCUCCCUGGAGGUCAGAGAGUGAGGACCAGGCAAUGUUCAUGGCGCAAACGCAGCAUUUGACCACAUGGACGGAGUACGAUAAACGGGCAGAAUUAAUUGCUCAAAAAUAUACGACGGAAAUGGAGCACCGGGACUACUUUGCUCGGCGAGUUCAGAGUCUGUGGAGUAAUGAGCACUGA